CCAGGCAGAGUCACGCAGCAGCAUCAUCAGGACGGUCACAUGACCAGAGUCUUGUGAUUGCUGCUCUCACUCCUCGCACAUUAGGAGGAGGGAGUGUGAGUGUGUGCUCCGGGGAACUGACAGCGGGAUCACACGGGAGCCAGGCUCCUGCCAACCCGUGCCCACCCUCAUCUGGCGCCCUGCCUGCUACACCCGUCAUUCAGCGCUUCUCCCUCCGCUCUCACCGGGAGUCAGCAUGGACAGCAAGCCCCUACUGCAGGAGAGACCCCCAGCCUACACUCCGGCGGCUCCGGGCGGGUAUGAGUACGGGCAACCGCAGCAGAACUAUGGGACUAUACCGGGAGCCCCCCAGACUGCAGCUCAGACCGUGUAUCAGCCUCCUGCAUACCCCUACCCUACCGGCACCGGAUACAUUGCAUCGCCACAGACUGCCUACCCAAGCACUUACACGAUUAUCCAACAGCCAGCAUCCGUGACUUCAGUGGUAGUUGUUGGCGGGUGCCCGGCUUGCAGAGUUGGGGUUCUGGAGGAUGCCUUCACCUGCCUGGGUAUCUUCUGUGCCAUCUUCUUCUUCCCGAUUGGAAUCUUGUUCUGCCUGGCCCUGAGGCAACGGAGAUGCCCCAACUGUGGCGCCACAUUUGGUUAAAAGGAUCUAGCAGGGCGACACUGUCAUACACUUCUCAAUCCAAUUUUAAACACACAAUCCUCCUCUUUAAUUACAUAGCAUCUUUAUAUCCGGGUGUUUGAUAAGUUUAAUAUUCCUGUUCUGCGUAGGGUGGGAGGGAGAGCUCUGUGCCAUAGACACACAUGGAAGUGUAUUCGGCUUCCAGACAGCAGUGCCUUCAGAGACUGUACAAAUUUCCCAGCUCUGCCCCGUCUUCAUGUCCUGUAUGAACAUGUCCCUGUCGCUGGUGUUCACCUAUUUGUAUGUACAUUUGUGUCACACCAACCUGUACCAUGUAUUUGGAAAUAAUUUUAUAGUAAAAACAAAACAGCACUGUGAAAA